AUGAAGUGGGUAUCGAGUCUCCCUCCUAGCGGAGACCAACCUAGCGGAGACCAACAGGGAGAGGUACCCCCGGAAGAUCACCGGGAUCCCAUUCGUUUCGCUUAUCCUCUAUACGUGGACUCUGAGUGUCUCAAUUCCUUGCUGGCUCAUGACAAGGAACUUGAAAAUAGUGGUUAUGAGCUGGCAGCACACCGACUUGUUUUCAUAAAAGCAAUCAACGCCGAACAGCCACAAGUCCACAGCGGCGCCGAAGUCGAGGACGAUGACGCGGAUGAGAAAGCAGAUAAGAGCGAGAACAAUGAUGACGAAGAAAACGAAGACGACGGGAAUAAUGAUCCAGAGUUUUAUUGGAUGCUCGUAACUUGCAGAUACCUUGCUGUCUGGUGGGAAAUAAUGGGGCUCGGUGGUCAGUGGGAGCGACAGUCCUCAUACCCUCAGAAGCGACCUUGGAAAGAGACUUAG